GUCGAUAUCGACGUCGGCCAGUCCCCAAUAGUUUACAGUCCUGAUUAUGAUGUCACAUUUGCCGGCAUCGAGAAGUGGUAUCCCUUAGAUACGACAAGAGGGGCUAAAAUUAUACGUCUGCUUACUGAUAUGAAAGUUUUGACUGAGAAGACAGUAAUAAAGCCGAAAGAAGCGACAAAUGAUCACUUAUCCAUCGUCCAUUCUCUCGACUAUCUUCAAAACAUUAAAUCGCCAGAUGUCAGGGCGCGCGGGAAAUUGCCGGAAGUGACGUCGCUGGCCCUCUUGCCGUGGUUCAUCGUGAAUGGAAGAUUGUUGCGGCCAAUGAGAUUUCAAGUUGGCGGGUCUGUCUUGGCAGCUAAACUAGCCCUAGAUUUUGGCUGGUCAAUCAACCUCGGUGGCGGUUUCACGCACUGCUGUCGCAAACGCAGUGGUGGCUACAGCGCCUACGAUGACGUCACUAUGACCUUGACCUACUUGCUGGGGCGACAUCACGUUGAUCGGGUCAUGAUUGUUGACCUUUCUGCUCAGCAGUGUAAUGGCCCAGAAAGAACAUACAUGAAUGAUGAUAGGGUGUACAUUGCUGACGUUUACAACAAUGAGGUCUACCCAAUGGAUGGAUACGCUAAAAGAGGAAUAAAUUGUAAAGGUGAAAUAGAUGGAAGCGUUACGAAUAAAGAAUACUUGGAUGUCGUUAGAAGCACCCUCGAAAAAGCACUAGAUGAAAUGUCUAGACCGGAUGUUGUCGUUUAUGUUGCCGGAAGUGACGUCAUCUCGGAAGACGCGGCCGGUAAUAUGAAUAUAUCCGUCGAUACCCUCGUAGAGAGAGAUCAAAUAGUGUUUCUGAAAAUAAGAUCUCGGGGAAUUCCUCUAGUUAUGCUUUUAGGAGGGGGUUUUUCCAGAAACAGUCACGUGGCCGUGGCAAAAUCCAUUUAUAACCUACAAAAAUUUGGCCUGAUUAGUAUUACAAAUCCGUCCGGGGAACCUAACGGAACGGUUGGUAAUCCCAAAAAAGGAAAACAGAAGAUUAGUGAUGCGGACGUCGCCGAAAAUAGGGAUGUGCUGAUAAAUGGUUGGGGCUGUGAUGGCUGUGGUGUCCUGAAAAGUCGAUCAGGUGCGUGUGUGUACAUGUGUGUGUACGUGUAUGUGUGCGUGCGUGUGUGUGCGUGCUGGUUUUUUUCCCUAUAA